AUGGACAAUAUUUCCCUCAACUGUGAUAUCAUAUUUGCUGACUUGCCGCCUCCGCCGCCACCCAAGUCGCCUGCUAAUAAAUCAGCUUACUGUAUGUUUAUGGUGAUAUUUUCUCUCAUCACUGUCAUCGGAAACUCGAUGGUCAUUGCUGCAGUUGCAAAAUUCCGCGCUUUGCAAAAACGCACCAAUGCCUUCAUCGUAUCGGUGGCCUGUGCGGAUAUCGGCGUGGCAGUUUUGGUGAUGCCUUUUCGUCUGUACGAAGAGUGGAACGGCGGCUGGGAUCUGGGAAAGUGGUUCUGUCUGGUAGUGAACGCUUUCGAUGGCAUAUUCUGCAUGGCGUACAUGUGCAAUCUGUACACACUGGCGCUGGAACGCUACCUGGCCGUGUGUCAACCUUUUCUCCACAUGAAGAUACGCAACUGGAUGACGGCUCUCAUCCUGACACUCUGCUGGGUCUUUCCCAUUGUACUGUGGCCAGCCAUACUGUUCACGGAGUUCCACAUCAUCGGGAUAGAAGACCUGGCGGCGUGUGUGACCGAAUCGGCGUGUCCGCUUUUCAUGAACACCUCAACAACCAUUGUGGUCACCGUCGGGACAUUCUGGACACCUUCGGCUUUGAUGAUCCUGUGUUACUGGAGGAUCUUCCAGACGGCUAGACACCACGCCCAGGCCAUACACGCCACCACUGUCACAACGGCGGAAUAUUACAACAGCCAGAGGAUCAAUAAAACAGUCAAGGCCGCCAAGACUCCGGCCAUCAUCGUUGGCUGCUUCAGUAUCUUUUGGUUGCCAUAUUUUACUGUUAUAACGAUGGACGCGUUUAUGGAUUACAAGCUGCCGAUAGUAGCAAAGAUCGUGACCGCCUGGAUGGCUUACGUUAACUCUAUGGUGAAUCCUUUCUUGUAUUACAUCUUCAACCAGCAGCUUAAAAUGGCCUUUAAAAAUAUUAUGCGCUGUAAGGGGGGGCGACUCGAAGACAUGGACGGUAUGUAG